CACAGCUCUUUUGGGGGGAUUUUAUUUUAUAUUUAUUUACUUAACUAUUUCUCGCUUCGACCUCCACCACGAUGGACGGGCCUGCUCAUCUGUUGUCGCUCAAGGUCAUGCGAGUCUCUCGUCCGUCGCUGGCGAGCUCCUGGCAACCAUUUUAUUCCAGUUCCCCGUCCUUCUCAGCACAUUCAACUGCAUCUAUAAUGUCUCUUCAAGGAAAUACACCCUUGUCGGGUUAUCCGAAAACACUAAGGGAUUUCACUCAAGCCUCAGAAUUGCUCACUUCUUCCUUCCUCGGAGAGACCUUUUCCAGCUGUCUUUGCGUGAACAAUGAGGCGAAUGUCGACGUUGAGGGCGUCCACAUGAAAGUCGAGAUGCAGACUGUUACAGCGAAGGUGUUACUGGCUGAAUUCGGAACUUCAGACCAUCGAUUGAGCACCGGGGAUACGCUUGAAAGUAUCGUCCAUCACGAGAUUAAAGAGCUUGGGCAGCAUGUUCUUGCUUGCACUGUGACAUACCGGCUGCCUCCGGGUGUUCGCAUCGCCUCUCAAACAGAAGAUAGCAAUCAAGACCCAGCUUUACAAACGUUUAGAAAGUUCUACAAGUUCGCAGUUACGAACCCAUUAUCCGUUAAGACAAAAGUUCAUGUCCCAAGGUCUCCUUCAGCUAUGACCAAUCUCGAUGAGCGAGACAAAGUGUUCCUCGAAGUCCACAUCCAAAACCUCACCCAGGAGCCCAUCUGGUUCGAACGGAUGCGGUUUGAAUGUGCAGAUGGCUGGAAUGUGAAGGAUGCGAAUAAUUUGAUCACAGAUGAAGAUGAAGAUGAAGAGAAAAGCAUAUUUACUGGUACCACUGCGCUCAUGAACCCUCAAGACAUGAGACAGUAUAUCUACAUCCUGGACCCUAAGACGCAUACACUGGAACCUCCAGCCAAUGCACCAGGAAGCAUCAUUCCUCUCGGCCGGCUCGAUAUCUCAUGGCGGUCGUCCUACGGCGAACCUGGCCGUCUCCUCACUUCCAUGCUCUCUCGUCGCAUACCACUACUUCAACAACCUCCACAACAGCCCGCAUCUGCCCUCCCACCGUAUCUCAAGCGCACCGUCGCGGCAGCAUCUGUGUCUGGGUUACCACCUCGUCCCCGAUCACCUCAGCACUCACAGUCACGACCCAGCUCCCCAGUUCCCACAUCACGACCUGGCUCUCCAUUCCGAAAUCGCCCAGCCUCUGUGGGCCCAAGCCGCGCUCAAUCGCCACCACUUCCACCCACGACAAACCCAAUACCAGGUAUCGAUGUUCACCUCAUCGUACGCGACUUUCCGCGGAGUUCAAUUGCAUUGCAAAAGCCAUUCACCAUAUCUUGCACGCUAACAAUCAGCACCUCUAUUCCUUUUGAUAAACGGCAUUUCACCCGUAUACUGACCUUGGCGGUGCAGCACGUCCAACCCCCCAAGAAUGUACCUGUACCCGCUUCUGUGAAUAACCUUAUGGCCACUCAAUCGGACUCAUUCACGCGUGUUUCAACCUCAGGUUUCUCCACCCCGUCUCCCACUUCAACCUUGUUCAAUUACCCCUUGGCACAACAAAAACUUCUCGUCGCUUCUCCAAGGCAAACCAUGCUGGAGAUAGAUACCAACGAGGCCCUUCUCCCACCCCCAUUUUCUGAAGUACCACCCGACGAAUGCAAAAUACCUCAGUCAGGCGUGGGUUUCUGUGGAGCCUCAGCGAUUUUCUUAUCUCCUAUUCAGCUGUCUGCAGCAGAUUCCGUUGAACUCAGCACAAAAGUCUCUGCCUCACAAGACUUUGAGCUAACAUAUAUCCCACUUCAGCCUGGGUUUGUGUCAUUUGGAGGGCUAAGAGCGCUGCUGGUCGAGGAUAAGUUCACUAGUACAAUUAUAGGGAUGGACGGUUUUGCAGAGGCUCUUGAGAAGGCACGGACUUUGAAGGUGUGGGAUGUUGUCGGGGAGGUGUGGGUUCCAUCUUAGUU